AUCUUUUUGUUUAGGAUUCUAACGAAUUUAGACGAACAUCUAUGGUUAAGCAUUCGAUCGACACAGGAACUGCUAUGCCAAUCAAGCAAAGAUUCUACCGAACCUCUUUCUAAAAUCAGAGAUUUAUUCAGAAAGAAAUACAAAAAGAAAAACAGAAAGAAGCGAUUAUGUGUCGAUUAUCACAAAUUAAACACGAUAAUGAAAAAGGAUUGUUAUUCACUAUCAAAGAUAGAUAACAUAUUGGAAACAUUGUCUGGUUCAACUUGGUUUUCCUCUUUGGAUCUUGCUAGUGGUUUCUGGCAAGUCGAGUUAGAUGAAAAAGACUGA